CACCGCUAGCGACGCAGCAAAUUUACUGCCAAUAAUGAAAUUAGUUUAAGAGAAGUGCUCGCUAGAGAAGCACUGGAGCGGCGUGUCUUAAAGGGGUCUGGUGUCUGUUCCUUCUGUUCCGUGUGCGUUCGUGCAAACCCGCAGCAGAAGCGCAACGAUAGCUAGCAAAACGCAAAACCCGCGAGAGAAAGGAGGCCAUAUACAGCUUAGCGUGUGUGCGCGCGCGCGCUCCCGUUUUGUGUUAGGAACACUUUUGCCCGGUUGAGGAAAAUCGAAGGAACUCCGGCUCCCUAUUUGUCGUCCGAAAGACACAGCCGAAACCUCAAAACGACCAGAUUCAUCGUCGAUUCAAGAAUAUUCCUGCGUGAAGAUUGCCCACGAUUCGACGAGUGUUUCGCAACGACCGUCGUCGUACGAUCCUGACUAGUGUAGCUAGGUGCUAGGUCUCAAUUUUUUGUUAUUACCUCGAGCGUUGUCGAGCGAAACCAGCCAAGAAAUCGCCCAAAAUCAAUAUUUUUUCCCCGGGCCGAAAGGCAAACAUAAAUUUGCUUCGCUGGAUGCAAGGAAUUUCGGGUUAAAGUGAGUUGUGUGCGUGUGUGUGCGUGUACGAGAGUGCGGUGCGGUGCAGGAUUUGUGCGUGUGCAACGUGUGCCAAACCACACACAUCCCGUGCCGAAGGAAGGAAAAUUGUGCCGAAUAUUUUUGAAAUAUCCAAAGGCCGCGUGCGCCAGUGUGCAUUUCGAUUUCGUUCGAAAGUGAUCGAACAGAAGAAAGCGUCAGUGUUGGCGAUCGAUCGAAACUUUGUGAAGCAGGGAAGCAUCAGACCAGCACUUGUGCGGCGUAAACGAUAACGGAAAAUAGAAGGGCUGUUGUAGUGUGGAGCUCGAAGAAAAAAAAGAAAAAGGAAAGCAUAAGUUUUCUCGAGCUGUGCUGGCUCUAUAUGGCUCUGUGGAAAGAAGUUUAGUGAAGUGUGCAUGUGUGUGCGACUGAGUGAGUGAGCGCUUUUAGCUGUUAUCUUUCCUACAACUAUUUUUCCCUGUUUAUCCGUUCAACGCCCAACCCACAAAUUCAAGAUGGAGUUCAAAUUUGGAAUGCUCUGGUUUGCCAGCAUUAUUUUGCUGCUCAAUGAAGAUAUUGUUUUCGCACAGACAAAACGCUCGUUCCGUACGAGUGCCGCCCAGGGACGGGCGCUCGGCUCCAAUCCCCGCCAGUCGACCUCGUCCAGCGUCGAUUUCCAGUGUCCGGAAGAGUUCGGUUACUAUCCACAUCCGAACGACUGCUCACAGUACUAUGUGUGCGUGUUCGGCGGUGCCCUGCUGGAAAGCUGUACCGGUGGUUUGAUGUACAGCCACGAGCUGCAGACCUGCGAUUGGCCACGCAACGUUGGGUGUGAUCUGCCAGCGCUCAGCUCACCAUCCGCACCGGCUAGCCGUACGGUGACGCCACGAGUGCCGCAGGUGCUUAGCAGGGUACGCUUCUCGUCAUCCGCUCCGUCGGCCCCAUCCGGACCGUCGGGACCUUCGGGUCCGUCCGGGCCAUCGGGACCGUCGGGACCUUCCGGACCGGCCGAACCAUCCGCACCGGCACGCAUUCAGCAGAUUCACAAUCUGCCUCCGCCACCACCACCACCGGCCAACCCGAACCCUGUCAUUACCACACGAGGACAGCCGAAGAACUCCCCGCAGGAAGACAUUGCUAAGCUCUACGCCGAAGCUCACGAAACACUUCCACCGGUAGAGGAAGAGGAAUCCGACCGUCAGCAGCGUGUCUAUCGCGGACAGCCAAGCACGGUGUCGCAGGUGCAGCGCGAUCGUGACGGUAUCCUGCAGCAGCAGAGUGUCAAUGCUAUUCCGACUCAGGCUAAAGUAGGUUCCUUUGCGUACAGUGCUCAACCUCAGCCGUUCAGAGUUGACAAACACGACGACGAGUCACUGCAAACGCUAGACGAUACACUUUCCACUGACAGCACGGCGCACGACCGCAAGAAGCGAGAUACUGCCGGUCAAACCGAAACGGACACUGCUCAAACCUCGACGCAAAUCGACCCGACCGCUGUGGCUGGCACUGCCGAUGACGAAUUGACCAAGAAACAAGCCAAACGCUCCAACUCGGACGAAGCCUCAGCGCAAGGACAUCUCGCACCGGAAAAUUCUCCCGACAGUUUAGCGCCCUCUGGUGGCGAAAGUCAGCGAACGGCACGUCAACUUCGUCAGCUAGGCAACUGGCAGUAUCGCUCGCUGGACACUUCACUGUCACGCCAAAACGGAUACUCGCCCAGUAGUUUCGAUCCGUUCGGUUACACCGUGUUGCCAACGGCUUCGACGUACUUUAAACCCGGCGCACGCUACUUUCAACCGCAAACGUACAGCAAGAAGGAGCUGACCCAAACCUAUAACGACUAUCUGGAGGCUUACAGCAAAAGCAAACAACCCACGUACAACGUUCGUCCGGUAGAGCUACAGCCGCAUAAAACGUCCGGCCUACAGAACUACAAGACGAUCGCGAAGAUCACCCCGCAGGACACGAUCAUUCCCCUGCUACUAGCCAAUCAACAACAGCAGCAGCAGCAGCGACCACAUCAAUCAAACUACGGCCAGACGCAAUUCACGGCGGCCGCCUUUGUCAACAGUCACAAUAACAAAAAGUACACCACACCGGCCUCACCGCUCGACGGGGACGAGGAAACGAUUCCGGACAACUUUGCGUUCUUCCACUUCGGCAACACGUACUCCUCUACACCGAUUUCUGUCAACAAUCACGCAAAGUCGCCAAAGCAAUCGAAACCCUCCAACGUGCAGAUCUCGAACGUGGCACAACCGACCCAAAAGACGCCUUACAUCGCGUUCAGUUCCGUCGGUGGAUUCUUCAACAAUCAGCCGACGGCCAAUCCGUUGAAGGAGAGCUUCGUCGUGAAGCCGAACCAUUCGAAGCCAAAGCCGGUGCACGUCGGAUCGUCCGGUCCUAGUACUCCGGCCCCAGUGUACGAGGGCAUUUCGAAUUCGAUUCAAUCGAACGGACUAAGAUACUCCGUCACCACGCCAAAGAUUGUGCCCGGAACUGGACUCGAGCUGUACCAGCCAAACGUCUAUCUGAAUGCUCCCCGGCCGCAGGUUUACAGUGGGUAUGGUGGCAAACCCUCCGGAGCCAUUUACGAAGCAUCAACGCCCAAACCAAGCUCGGCUCAGUUCGUUACCAAGUCGACCAAUGGCUUCCAGCCCAUUGCUGUGUCGACCACACCGAAGUACUAUCAGCCCCAGGUGUCCAAAACGGUUAGCCCGAGUGAGUACAGCAAGUUCUACGAAUCGAUCAAAAACUCUCACAUCGCGCAGGUCAAACCAAAUGCCGAACCGACGCCCGUUCGUAUCGGGUCUGGGCAAGUAGUGUACCGGCCCAUUUCGAACAACACCAAGCUUCAGCCCGUGUCCCAAGCAUACGGUCCACAGCAGGUAUUCUACAGUCCUGCCGGAUCGUCCGCGCACAGUCCCGUGCCGAAACCGCAAGAGUCGGGAGAGUUUUACUACGAGGAAGAUGACGAUAUUGAUCAGCGUGGACAGAAGUAUGUGAAGAACACGUUGGAUCUAAGCCGCCGGCCGGUCUAUGGCAAACGUCCCUAUGGCGACGAGGAAGAGGAUGACGAGUACUACGAAGACGAUGAGGAUGAUGAUGAUGAGUUCCAGUAUCGGUAUCCAGUGAACAAGUCCAAGUACACUCCCAUGACGGAAACGAUGGCACCACGGCCGAUGCAAAACCUUACCACGCCCAAACCACCGGGUGCGGUAUCGGGCAAUCUUUACUACAACUACGAAACGACCACCUGGCGCCCGCCUACUGUCACAACUUAUUCGCCCAGCUCAACCUCAGACAUUCCACCGAUCAUCAAAUUCCCUGAGGAUGUCUUCCAGGGCAUUAAACCGUUGGGUGACGUACCGCGGUACCUGAACAAAUCCACCCUGCGCCCGUACACCAUACGACAGCGUCUACGUCCGACGGUUGUGCAGCACAACCAUCUUGAGGAGAGUGUCCCGGGCGAGCGAGGCCGUAGCACGACCACGACCACUACCACUAGACCACCCGUGACGACGACCACACCUCGCUACUAUCCUACGACGGUGCGUACGCGCCUCACGACCAAGACGCCGACCCGUCGACCGGUGACUGCUACGACACCGGCUGUCACUACCACCACCACCCCCGAACCACCACAGACAACUCAGACGACGUCGCGCAAACGGUACACGAUCCGACCGAAUCGUGGCCAGCAGCGCUGGCGCACAACCGAGACACCGGAACCAAGUACGACCAAUGGCCGGUACGCCAGUCCGACCCGACCGACCAAAAUUCGACCACAGUUGGAGCUCGACGAACGCCUACCGAACAGAGUUGAAACAUCGUCACCGGCACCACCGAGCCGUUACGUGCCCGAGCAGCAACAGAAGACGCAGCUCACGCAGAGCAACAGAAAUUACUACAACACCAGCAACUAUGAACCAUCUGCGUACGAUUCGUAUUACGCCGUUUACGAUGAAGACGUUGAAUUGUACCGAGAUGUUGAAUAUCAACCACAGCCCCAGAAACCUGUCGUGUCGUCUACGUACCGUCCGACAGUGGUCACGACCGUGGCUCCAACUUCGCAGCGCGAUCCAUACGUCACUUCUCCACGAACUACCUACCAGAGACCUUCGUACCAGGCAGACUAUGACGAUGCUCUAGUGGCUCAGCUUGAAGAAGAUCGUUACAAUCAGAAGCAAACCAAUACACAGAUAAGAAAUGAGUUGAACUCAAUCUCGGACCGUCCGAUACUGGUGUCUUCCACGAUCCGUGCCUAUAACAGCCCCAAGUAUCAGACGGCCUUCGUUACGACGCCCGAGCCCUUCUCACUGCCGUCGUCAACCACAGCCAGAACCACUACAACUACCACCACCACUACCACCACCACCACCACCACACCUGCUCCAAUUCAGUACUAUACUACAAGAUCAUCACAAUUGGACGAUCAAAGUAAUAAACCAACACCCAAAUCAAUCAUAUUAACACUCGCAGCACGCGCGGGUUCCUCAUCGACCCCCGAGCCUCCCUCUCCCUUCCUGGUGUCCUUUGCGCCAUCCCCACCAUCCCCCUAUGAGCCACGGUACCGCAGUAGCACUAGCUCGGUUCCACGAUACAUUAAACCAUCAUCAACUACCACCACCACAACCACCACCACUGCCAUACCCAGUACAACCACCACACUACCUCGCACGACCACUACCGUUGACCAAUACCCACGGUUCCGUCCGUCCACUCAGUACGAUCAACAGGUACCCUCCGGGAUCAACUUCCAUCCGAUCCCGGACGAUCACUACUACGAUGACGAUAGUGACGCUCGGGAGGAUAGUGCCGAUCAGGUAGACGAUACAGAGUACUCACCACUCUCCAAACCUAGGUACGCGUACGGUGCACCAUCUCGUGUCGCCUCCGAUUCGACGAACGAUCACUCCAAGAAGCAGUUCAUUACGCAAAAGCUUCUUCCGGUGUUUUCCCACACGUACUCGCAGUCCGAUCCUCGUUCGGCGUCAUCUGCGAACGCACAUGCGCUGCCGUCCGAUUCUUACGACGAGACUCCCUUUUCGUACGAUACUCGGCCCGAGUUUUCACCUUCCGGUGCCGCGGAACAGUUUGUCCCAUUGACAAGCACUUUGCCACCACCAACAACUACUACCACAACCACCACCACUAGGAAGCCAACAACAUCCCCUACCACUACCACUACGACAACCACCACCACUAGGAAGCCCACUACAACCACUACCACAACUACCACUAGAAGGCCCAGCACAACAACAACUUCGACCACAACAACCACCAGGAGGCCUACCACAACCCCUACCACUACUACUACUACAACUAUUACGACAACAACCACACGCCCACCCGCAACCACUCAAGAGUCCCAGCGUCAAAAGUUACAAAAGUUUAUCAUCUCCGAUGUGCAACCGGCCAGCUUCCGGACCCCGUUCAGCACCACGGCCAAAGCUCAGCCUCUGCCCGAUUACGACAGCUAUCUGUAUCAAGAAGCUAUUCCGAGCAGUGUACGAUCGCGCAAUCAGCACACCUUCCUGAAAGCCAUUGCGACUACGCUUUCUGCGACACAAUCCUCCACGAUCGCUACGACCACACCGGAAGUUCCAGUCGUACGAUCGUACACGGCUAGACCGACUGCAGUCGCUCCAGGUCGACCGGAGCAGUUUGGUUACGAUAAAUCGAUUCGUUUGACACAUACCUCCCAGGAUUGGGAAGAACGUCGCCCGCUGUCGACGUUUAGCUUCGGUACCGGCGUACCGAAGGUUGAUACCCGUACGGAGCAAAAGUUUAGCAGCAACAGGUUCUAUAACCUAACGCUUAGCUCGGGAUUUGUUGGUUUGCCGGGGACUGCCACGAGCGGAACUGGCGCUCGUGGACGGGUUGAGAUGCCAAGAAAUCAAGAACCUUUGCCGAGCUAUACAACCUUUACGCUUUCGGACGCUGUUACGAGUAGUUCACGGGGAGUGCCCACUACCGUUUCGGAAGUGUUGCCCGAGACGACUACUCCAUUCACUACGUUUACAAUACCUACCACUACCACCACCACCACUACAGUAAGCCCUGUUUCAUUGGCCACUGGCAGCGGCCUUAGUAAUGUACGUUUUGUGUUAAGUUCUAGUUUAGCCACCACUGCCCGGCCUCGCUACUCGAAGGUCCAGGAUGAGAAUGUUGCUCUUUAUAAGAGCCGUGAUGUACAGACAACGACACCGGCAGCUAUAAAUCGGCUUGCCGCUCGAUCUAGCGUCCUGCCGACCGCUGCCAGCGAUUGGGUCCCUCUAAUAGAGGAAAAGAUCCUGUCCAGCCCCAAGACCAACACUCUGCACGAACAAGCAGAUCACGACCGUGAUACGGACGAUCCUCUGCUCCUUCAAACGCGAGUGCAACCAAACACGGAGGAUGCUUUCGUCGCGGUUACGACCGCUUCCACACCUCCGACUCGGUUCCCACCGAGAACUACUCUUGCCCCAUUCGGCACCCUUGAGGGUAGAAAAUCCAUUGAAAAAGUACAAAGUCUCCCACCGCGCAGUCUGGUUGCGAAGGAAACGACUAGCAAAACACUUGACCCGGUUACCAACUCACCGACGCGGUUAGUAGUUUCACCGUACAAAAGUUUGGAGGUACAGCGUCAAACGACGUCCUCCGAUAAACCGUUUGCAUCCACGUCGAGAGUUAUCUCGAACCUUUACCGUACAACCACACCGGAAAUUCCGGCUGUUGGUGGUCCGACGGUGAAGAGCUACUUCCAGCUGACAGCUGUACCGAAGUUGGCUGCUAUUUUGCGUGAAACAACUACCCCCAGUACGACUACGGCUCGUUUAACCACCACCACCACUACGACCACUGUUGCUCCUGCAAGCACUACUGUGACUAGCACGACCGAGGAGCCUACUACUACUACUACCACUCGUAGUACUAGUGCUCCUACGACCACGACAGUCCCAACAGCUAGCUACAGCAGUAGCUCGGAAGAAGUGAUCACCACGAGCAGUACGUUGCCCAGAUCGACCGAGGUGUAUCGUGGUCGAUAUCGUCCCGUGUUCAGUUUUGUACGCUCCUCGGAAUCGUACGACGAGGCAACCACGCCGCGGUAUCGCUAUCUUCGUAACCGUGGGCGAGGAUCGCCAAGACGCACCUACACCAGGUUACGUCCCACGGCUCAAAGUUAUACGCUAGCCUCGAGCACAGUAGAUGACACGCUUAGCGUGCAGAAAGCCUCCACUCCUAGCAGCACCUUGGUGCCGACAGGAGACUACAGCAAAACGGCCGAUAGUACAGUACUGUCGAUCGCUAGCGAGUAUGACGAUCGAGCAGUCAGUUCAAGCUCCACUUCCUCUGCCUAUCUGAACCGCAUACCGACGACCGAUCGUACGAAGUAUCAAUCGACUGAUCGUGAAAUCGCUAAAACGUCGCACGUAAAGAGUCGCUACGAACAGUUUGAGUUCAAUCGUACCGAGAAGGAAGAUCGGCCACGCCAAUCGAACCGUGUUGUCCAAAUCACGGACAAACCGGUAUACUAUACGCGCUUCCAUUCAACAUCCACUGAAGAGAGUUCUUUUGCUGUCGCCAACAGCAGUCGACAGCCGGAGUCGACGACGAAGAAAUUCCGCGCCACGGUCGAAAUGCCCGAAAUGAACAUUCCGACCGAGAAGGAGCUGCUGUCCUACCAGCAGGACAGUGGCAACACGUCGGAAGACGAGGAUCGCGACGACGAGGACGAUGAGGAGGACGUUGAGGAUGAUGAAGUUGAACCGGUGGACGAAGAUUUGACCGACUAUUCGUAUCUGGAAACCUCCAGCGUUCCGUCCACCACGACGUCGACAACCUCUAGUACGACACCACCAACGACGACUAGGACGACGACGACGACGACCACGACGACUUCAACCACCACCACAACAAUGACGCCGGCACCGCCCUCGACCACUAGUACAACGACCCUACGGAGCACCUUCAAGCCGAUGGCACGGGCCUCCAAACGAUACACGACCCCACAUUACGCCGCGGUCACUACCGAGCGUAGUUUCUAUUCGGCUGUGCCAUCGCGCUUCUACCCAAGUACAACGCAGGGAUUGAACCUUACGGCUGGUGCUGCGCAUCCGGAACCUACUUCGGAACUCCCGUAUCACAGUGCACGUAGCACCCCUUCGCCCUUCUCCUCCUCCUCCUCCCUUUCCCCCUCAUACCCUUCGUCCACUGAUGCCGUAAGUCUUCGGAUCAACGAGGGCAUCAGCAGGAGCCACGUUUCGAGCAACAGUAGCUCCAAUGUGUUCUCCCAGCCUUCCACCUCAACUCCUUCCAUUCCCACCAACACAACCAUUACCACCACCACCACCACCACCACAAUCCGCCCGCCAACGACGUACUCCGUAAGCAAGCUCCCACCGCGCGCUUCCAGGGUCAAUAAUGCCAUAAAGACCACGAUCGCAGCCGCACAACUGCCACGCCGGUAUAGCAAACCAUCCGCAGCGGGAAAAAGUAUACAAUGUACAGAAAACUCACUGUCCGCCAAAUGCAACGAGAUUCCCUCGAGAGUUAGCAACAGUAACAGUAACAACAACAACAACAACAACAACAACCGCAACCGUGGCAGUUCGCAUUACGCGACCGAUGGACAAUCGACCGUUUCGGCUAACCGAGGAACGCACCCACCACGUGCACGACCAACAUUGAAGCCGUCGCAGAACAUCGUCUCGAAGGCGCAGGAGUUUGUCGACAUUUACCGUCAUCCGCCGACUCGCCCGGAGCCACUGUACCCGCAACCAACGCCCGACAAGACCGCGGCCAAAUGCCGUAAGGAUGUGUGCCUGCUGCCCGAUUGCUACUGCGGUGGAAAGGAUGUGCCCGGGGAGCUGCCGGUCGAACAGGUGCCCCAGAUCGUACUGCUCACGUUCGACGAUUCCGUCAACGAUCUGAACAAGCAGCUGUACCAGGAUCUGUUCGAGCGGGGACGCGUCAACCCGAACGGUUGCCCCAUUACGGCCACGUUCUACGUUUCGCACGAAUGGACCGACUACAGCCAGGUGCAGAACCUCUAUUCCGACGGACACGAGAUGGCAUCGCACACAGUUUCGCAUAGCUUCGGUGAAUCGUUCUCGCCGAAGAAGUGGGCCCGCGAAGUGGCCGGCCAACGUGAGAUCCUGUCCGCGUACGGUGGCGUUAAGCUGGAGGAUGUGCGCGGCAUGCGCGCACCGUUCCUGUCGAUCGGUGGCAACAAGAUGUUCAAGAUGCUGCACGACUUUAACUUCACGUACGAUUCGUCGAUGCCGGUGUACGAGAACCGUCCGCCGAGCUGGCCGUACACGCUCGACUACAAGAUCUUCCACGAUUGUAUGAUUCCGCCCUGUCCAACCAAGAGCUAUCCAGGUGUUUGGGAGGUUCCUAUGGUGAUGUGGCAGGAUCUGAACGGUGGCCGCUGCUCGAUGGGUGACGCCUGCUCCAAUCCGCCCGAGGCCGACGGUGUGUACAAGAUGAUCAUGAAGAACUUCGAGCGUCACUACACGACCAACCGGGCACCGUUCGGGCUGUACUACCAUGCCGCCUGGUUCACGCAGCCGCACCACAAGGAAGGAUUCAUACAAUUCCUGGACGCGAUCAACUCGAUGAAGGACGUGUUCAUCAUCACCAACUGGCAGGCGCUGCAGUGGGUCCGAGACCCGACACCGCUCUCGCGCAUCAACUCCUUCACGCCCUUCCAGUGCAACUACGGAGAUCGUCCCAAGCGUUGUAACAACCCGAAGGUAUGCAACCUGUGGCACAAAUCGGGCGUCCGGUACAUGCGCACCUGCCAACCCUGCCCCGACAUCUACCCGUGGACCGGCAAGACUGGCAUCCGUUCGUCUCGCAUCGACAACGACAUCGAGGUGGCCGACACUAACUAAGUCAUACACGGGGGAAUGGGUCGUCGCGGCUGCUGCUGCUGCUGCUACUACAGGCAGUGUGAAGUUCAUACUUUUUCUUGGAAGAAUUUUUUUCUUUUGCAACCACACGCAAACUGUCAGUUAAAAGAAAACUAAUUCGAACCGGAAAGCUGAUCGGCCACUGCCCUAUUGGCAGUGGUAGAGUAGUAGUAGUAGUAGCGCCGCAACCAUCCAACGUUCAAAAAGGCACCUCUGAACCAACUGAUAAGGAUUUGCGGCUGUGUGCUUCCCUUAAACUAAAUGCAACAUACGCCAUUAUUGUCGACAUGCGAACGGCUUCCGUUCGGUGAAGGAGGUCUUUAGGAGGCCUCUGCAGCGGAAGCGGGCCGCGUUGUACUUGUACCCUUCUGAACAUUCAUCACCCUAUUCGCUGCACGCCGCCCCUUUUCUGACUUAGGUAGGAACUAUCGAACAGAGCAAGCGUGUGGACAUGCUGCCUGCCGGGCUUAGAUACUAAUUCUAGUGUAUGAUACUAUUUUAUUCCACUAUAAAUUAUUAGAAACUAGGGACGAUCUUUAGUGGGCGUCCUGGGGAAGACAAGUGGCAAAGGCUUAGAUGUAAAGCACUUCUUCUGGCAAGACUUUUGAUUGUAAAUAAUUUUCGGCUACUUACAAAAUUAUGUUAGACGAGGAAUCCUGAAGAACAAGAAACAAAUUCCAAAACGAAAUUUCCAUUCUUAGGCCACCUGUUUGAACCUGUAACCGUUUCGCAGGAUACAAGAGCAAUACUCAUGCAAUAUGUAUUUUUCUCUAGCUGUUAACCAUGUUUUUCUUUUUACUUUUUGCACCGUUUCUACUAAGAUGCGUUUGUUUUUUCCUUGUCCUACUCCUUUUAUUUACGUCCCUUAAUUUAAGAACAUUUUUUGUCGUUUUUCUUCAAACUCACGAAACUGUUGCACUGCUCACAGUGAUGAUACGGUACACAUGCAUGUAGGAUGAAAGGGAACACUUUAACGUGAUUGGAGUAGUGCACUGCCAUAAUGAAAGGAAAAUUGAAGAAAAAGAAACAAGAAAAAAAUUGGAAAGCACCAUUUUUUUAGAGAGAGGGGGGGGAAUUAUAAAAGAGAAGAUAAUAUUAGAAGAGAUAAAAACAAAUGAAAUGAAAAUGAAAAGAAAAUGAAAUGAAAAAGAGGAAAGUUAUAAAAGAGAAGAUUAUAAGAAGAGAUGAAAACGAAUGAAAAAAAAGGGUGAAAGUUGCACUAAUUUCAUCGAAAGGAAUGAUUGAAACAAUAGAACAAACUAAAGUGAAAAGAGAACUUAAAGUUCCUGCUAAACGAAACAAUAAGAAAUGAUUGAACAGAACAAACGAAACAUGAAAUAUUAAGGAAAAACGAAACAAGUUAACAAGUCACUCAAUAAGUAUCGUCGAUCGCCGACCGUUACACUGGUGUCCAGUUCCAUCGUUUAUUUUAUCACCUUAAUGUUUCCCACUUACCUGUCCCUGUGUGUUGGGGAAGUAUUGUCUUUCUUCCGGUGACGGUAUGCUUUCGGUAAAAGGUUUAACUGAUUUUUUUUUUUGCUCUUCAAACUCGUAUCGUAUGGAAAAAAAAUUAAAUGCUAAAAUUCACCGACGAUGGAACGCAUACCUUUCUAACGGUGAGCCUGCUGCUGCUGCCAGCGGGCAGAGCGGGCGAAGCGAACCUACAUUCAACUCCCAAUCAAUCAGCCGAUCAACAAGGCAGCACACAUGCGCCCUUUCACACUGACAAUUAGACGACAGUAUUGUGCUAGUGCGCGUUCCGCAACACGCAAAAACAAACCUGACAUGUGACAAUAUUUAUAGUUUUUUUUUUUUUGCUAUAGGCAGUAAAUUAUGUGGCCGAAAACCCCCGGGGCACAAACGACAAGCAAGUAGUGUAGUGAAUCAAGAAUGAAUGCUUUCUGUAAAUAGAUCAUCUAUAGGACCCCGUCCCGUAAGCCUGGACGGGCGAACGUGGCAAACGAUCCGUUCGAAGCGCGGUAAGAAGUGUGCUCUCUCUCUAAUGGCUCUAAGCAAAAGGGGGGAAUCGGUAAGAACUCGAAUGGAAAAUCGAAAUAAUGCUUCGAUUCAAGCUUGUAAAACACGAUGUACCUUGCUGCUGCUAGAGUUGCUACGUGACCCUGCUACCCUUCUUCCUUUAUAUUAUUGACAAACGCCCGGCACCAGUUUGGGGUUGCGUCCGCACUUAGGUCUUUACCGAAAAUGUAUUUUGUUUUUCGUCUACUUUGUCUACGUUUGUGUUACUGUUUAGCUGGUAGGAAUUCUAUGACGAACCACGAGACACGUGCAUGAAACGUGCGUCCGAGCGAGCAAGCGUUGGUGUAGUGUAGUGCAGUACUGGUGGAGUAGCGGAGUACGAACAAUGAAAUAAAAUAAAAUAAAAUUUUAAUCGACAUAAAAGUAAA